UACUUACAAAUUUAGUUAAUUUUUUUUUCUCACUGCUUUUUUACUGUAUGUUGUCAGUGUUAUCUUUUCCUCUACCUUUUGUGAUAAAAAAAAAAUGUGAGAGAGAAAAUAAGUAUGAAAGGGUACCCUCCUUAUUAAAUAAAAAAAUAUCUUUAUUUUGUCAAUCGGGUAAGCCUAUAUCUCCAAUACUAAUCAUAAUUCUGUUUUUCAUUCACGCAUGUGGGAUCCUUUGUAUUCGAGGUUGCAUUUGCUAUAAUAUUAAAAACACAAUUUUCUAUGAUCCCUUUUCUGAUCUGUGACGGAGUUCGAAGUAUCAACAUGUAUUUGAAUUCAUUUGGGUACUUUUAGUGUUUUCUCUUUUUCAUCUGGGUAUGUUCACAGCGCUGUGAGUACUGGGUACAUGUUUAUCGGUAGCUUUGGAUUUUUUAUUUUUUUUUUAUAAUUCAUUGAUGGGUUUCUCUCUAUCUAAACGUUUCAGAAAGUUAUAUAUUCUAGGCUGUAAUACUGAGAUUCAGAGAGGUGGAAGACUGAAUGGCUUGAAAGCAACUGCAGCGCGAUCCUAUCCGCAGGCACGCCUUGCAUGUCCUCGUGAGCCGCAAUCUUUUCCUUCAGCUUUCCAACGGUGUCCUCUUUAUCCGAUUCUGUACAAACACGAUCUCUGGACUUUAGUAUUUUCACGCUCGCCGUUAAUGUCGUCAUCAUCCGCCGCUGCGAUAACGACGAGAUAUCCGGCAUCAGAAGCGGAUCGUAUUCUAUUCUUGGAAGUGUUGAAGGUUGUAGCGAUUGUGCCAGAAAAAAGGGCUACGCAUGGACGGCGGCGGCGGAAGGUUUUCGGCAUCGUCGGUAACAAUAAAGAGAUGAAUGCGUCAGUGGUAAAGGAUCAGAGUUGUAUAGACGUAGAGAUGAUGUUGGAGAAGUAUUGGCCUUUGAAAAUAAAAUACUUUUGGGAUAUGUGA